AUGACGGAGACUGACACGGGCCUCCCCACUAUCGAGAGAAAGCCGGGGCUGCAGAUAUGGACCAUAGAGAAAAUGAAAAUGGUUCCCAUUCCCGAAAAGGCUUAUGGGGGCUUUUUCGAAGGAGACUGUUACAUCAUAUUAUAUAACAAGAAGACCUCAAACGGCUUCAUCACAGACCUGCACUACUGGAUCGGGAAGGACUCCACUCAGGAUGAACAGGGCGCUGCAGCCUUCUACGUCACGCAGAUGGAUGACAUGCUUGGGGGAAGCCCAGUGCAACAUCGAGAAGUGGAGGGACAUGAGUCCGAGGCCUUCAAAAGCUACUUCAAAAGUGGCAUUAUCUACAAGAAGGGAGGCGUCGCUUCAGGAUUCAAGCACGUGGAGACCAAUAUGUACAACAUCAGACGCCUCCUUCAUGUCAAGGGGAAGAAGCAUGUGUCAGCCACAGAGGUGGAGCUUUCAUGGGACAGCUUCAAUGAGGGGGAUGUGUUUCUGUUGGACCUGGGGAAAGUGCUGAUCCAGUGGAAUGGUCCCAACUGCAACAUUGCGGAGAAAUCCAGGGGACUGGCUCUGGCUCGUAGCAUCAGGGAUGAUGAGAGAGGCGGCCGUGCCCAGAUUGGCAUCAUUGACAAUGAGAAGGACUCGCCGGACCUCAUGCAGAUCAUGAAAACAGUGCUUGGGGAGAGACGUGGGGCGCUCGGGGCCGCCACGCCCGAUGAGAAAGCCGAUGAGCUGCAGAAAGCAAACGUCCGGCUCUACCAUGUCUACGAAAAGGACGACAACUUGGUGGUGCAGGAGAUAGCCACCCGGCCCCUCACACAAGAUCUCCUCCAGCAUGAGGACUGUCACAUUUUAGACCAAGGUGGUUUUAAGAUCUAUGUUUGGAGAGGAAAAGACUCCAGCAAGGAGGAAAAGAGAGCAGCAUUCAGCCGCGCUGUGGGUUUUAUCCAAGCCAAGGGUUAUUCUGCUACCACCAACGUGGAAGUGGUGAAUGACGGCGCAGAGUCGGCAAUGUUUAAACAGCUCUUCAAGAGGUGGACAGAAAAGGAGGAAACUCAAGGGCUUGGCAAAGUCUACACAACUAGCAAGAUUGCCAAGGUGGAGCAAGUGAAAUUUGAUGUCUCUCAGUUACAUGCCAGACCAGAGCUAGCUGCAGAACAGAGAAUGGCAGAUGAUGCCUCCGGGAAAGUUGAGGUGUGGAGGAUUGAGGAUCUGCACAUGCAACCAGUGGAUCCCAGGACUUACGGGCAGUUCUACGGAGGAGAUUGUUACCUGGUCCUCUAUACGUACCUGACCUCGGGCAGAACUCAUUACAUUAUCUAUAUGUGGCAAGGCCGCCAUGCGUCCGUGGAUGAAAUCACUGCCUGCGCAUUCAACGCCGUGGAGCUGGACAAAAAGUACGGGAACGAGCCGGUGCAGGUUCGAGUGACGAUGGGCAGGGAGCCUCAGCACUUCCUUGCCAUCUUUAAGGGCAGCCUGAUUAUUUAUGAGGGAGGCACGAGUCGCGCACAGAAUAACGAGCCCGAGCCCAUGGUCCGUCUCUUCCAAGUGAGAGGUACUGAUGAGAUCAACACCAAAACCAUCGAGGUGCCAGCCCGGGCCUCCUCCCUCAACUCCAACGACGUCUUCCUGCUCACGACCAACCAGGUCUGCUACCUGUGGUGUGGGAAGGGUUGCAGCGGGGAUGAGAGAGAGAUGGCGAAGAUAGUGGCCAACAUCGUCUCCAAACGGGACAAGCAGACCAUUCUGGAGGGGCAAGAGCCGGUGGAGUUCUGGGCAGCACUGGGAGGAAAAGCCCCCUAUGCCAGUGACAAGAGAUUCCAAGAGCCAACUGUCCGAUACCAGCCCCGCCUGUUUGAGUGCUCCAACCAGACAGGGCGGUUUAUCAUGACGGAAGUGGUGGGCUUCUGCCAGGAUGACUUGGAUGAAGAUGAUGUCAUGUUACUAGACACUUGGGAAGAGAUUUUCCUUUGGAUUGGCAAAACCUCCAAUACAUAUGAAAGAAAUGAGGCUAUUUCCUCAGCCAAAGACUAUCUGAAGACCCAUCCAGCUGGAAGAGAUUUAGCAACACCAAUAAUAAUGGUGAAGCAAGGCUAUGAACCACUAACCUUCACAGGCUGGUUCAGUGCUUGGGAUCCGUAUAAGUGGAGCGAUGGGAAGUCCUACGAGGAGAUGAAGAAUAGCUUAGGAGAUGUGUCUGCUAUAUCAGAGAUCGCAGUGGAUCUUAACAAUGCCAAUCUGAACAAGAGAAACGCAGACAGUAAACCUGCCAGCCCGGCUGGUCCAAGAACAGAGAGAACUUCACCUGCAUAUAAACCACACCCCAAAAGCAACGUCAACAGCACUAGCAACUAUCAGAAUAACAAUGCCCCUUCGGUAGUUUCGGCAAUGACCAAUGGAAAUGGAGCCUAUCCCAGAGAGGUGCUGAUCAACAAGACAGUGGAUGAACUUCCAGAAGGCGUGGAUCCUGCUAAAAAAGAGUACUAUCUGUCUGAUGCAGACUUCCACGAUAUCUUUGGGAGAUCCAAGGAUGAGUUCUACCAGAUGCCCAGAUGGAAGCAGCAGAACGAGAAGAAACAGCAUGGACUGUUUUGA